ACAGAUUGAACGUGCGCAGUAAACAAAAGGCUACGAUGUUGGAGAGGGCUGUGAUCUACUUCUUCCGAAAAUACAACACGGACAUAGGUGAGGUGGAGGCACGGUGAAAGGGCAUGGAGGGCGCGGAAGGGCAAGAGGAGCUAGAUUGGGAAGCGCUGUACCUGCGCCUCCCGCUGCAGAACUGCUCAUGGAACUCCACAGGAUGGGAGCCGAACUGGAACGUGACUGUGGUGCCCAAUACAACCUGGUGGCAGGCAUCCGCGCCCUUCGACACGCCCGCUGCCCUGGUUCGCGCCGCAGCCAAAGCCGUCGUGCUCGGCUUACUUAUUUUAGCUACUGUUGUUGGUAAUGUGUUCGUGAUAGCUGCAAUAUUGUUAGAGAGACACCUCCGUAGUGCGGCCAACAAUCUGAUCCUGUCCUUGGCCGUGGCUGACUUGCUAGUGGCCUGUUUGGUGAUGCCCCUCGGCGCGGUAUACGAAGUCGCGCAAAGAUGGACCCUCGGACCAGAACUUUGCGAUAUGUGGACUUCAGGCGAUGUCCUGUGUUGUACUGCUUCUAUCCUACAUCUAGUCGCUAUUGCACUCGACAGGUACUGGGCUGUGACCAACAUUGACUACAUACACGCCCGUACAGCUAAGCGGGUGGGUAUGAUGAUCGCCUGUGUAUGGACUGUUAGUUUUUUUGUGUGCAUAGCUCCGUUGUUGGGAUGGAAAGAUCCGGACUGGAACCGACGCGUAUCCGAAGAUCUUAGAUGCGUGGUCAGUCAAGACGUUGGAUACCAGAUUUUUGCGACGGCUUCAUCAUUCUAUGUGCCGGUUCUGAUUAUUUUAAUUUUAUACUGGCGGAUAUAUCAAACCGCUAGGAAAAGAAUACGUCGAAGACGUGGAGCUACAGCCCGCGGCGGAGUUGGACCCCCGCCCGUGCCUGCCGGCGGAGCACUGGUCGCCGCCGGGGGCAGCGGAGGUAUUGCGGCGGCAGUCGUCGCCGUUAUCGGACGACCUCUUCCAACGAUAUCUGAAACGACCACGACCGGUUUCACGAAUGUUUCAUCGAACAACACGAGCCCCGAAAAACAAUCUUGUGCCAACGGCCUCGAGGCAGAUCCGCCGACCACGGGUUACGGUGCUGUAGCAGCGGCAUACUAUCCGUCGCUCGUGCGUCGCAAGCCCAAAGAAGCCGCUGACUCUAAACGGGAAAGAAAAGCGGCUAAGACAUUAGCUAUAAUCACUGGAGCCUUUGUGGCAUGCUGGCUUCCUUUCUUCGUGUUAGCGAUUCUCGUUCCGACGUGUGAUUGUGAAGUGAGUCCCGUGCUGACUUCGCUGUCUCUCUGGCUUGGAUAUUUCAAUUCUACUUUGAAUCCUGUAAUAUAUACGGUGUUCAGUCCCGAGUUUAGACACGCGUUUCAGCGUCUGCUGUGCGGUCGACGGGUGCGCCGCCGCCGCGCCCCGCAGUAGUUACCUACCCUCGUAGAUCUUUCAAUCCUACCCGACUGACCACGUCUAGUUCGCAUACACUUACGUUAUCUUGUUACAUUUUCAGAGAUAUAUUUAUACCCCUUUAUUUUUUGUACGUAAUUAAUAUAAUUAUAAUAAAUGUAAUGAAAACCUGUCUAGUAAA